CGCGGUCUGUCUAGCGGUCACACUAGCACUCUACGUGCCCUAAUACCUCGUCUCUAUCUGUGUCCUGGGAUACACAGUCGCGCUCCAAAAUGACGCUAAUGGCAACACUCUUCGUGCUGGUCUUCGUGACCGAACUAAUCUCGUGGAUAGGAAAGAGCGUCCUCCUAGAAUUCGUGUUCGCGUUGUACCUCCGCAUAUUCUACAGCUCGACCGCAGCGCGCCAGCGCAAGCUGAAGUCCGAGAUCCUGCUGAACAAGAAGGAGCUGCUCCAAACGAGCGCGCAAGACCAGUUCGCAAAGUGGGCCAAGCUGAGGCGGAGUGUCGAUAGGGGGUUGGCGGAUCUCGAGAAGCUCAAUGGCGAGCUGGCGUCGGCGCGGACGUCCUUCUCGCUCAAGUUCAACUCCGCGAUGUGGGUGAUGACCACUGGACUGCAGUUUGUGAUCGGGUGGUGGUACCGCAAGGCCGCGGUGUUCUACCUGCCUCCGGGCUGGUUUGGGCCGCUCACCUGGGUGCUCGCGUUCCCGUUCGCGCCUGCGGGCUCCGUGAGCUGCGGCAUGUGGCAGAUGGCAUGCCGGCGGGUAAUAAAGGUGGGAGAACGCGUGGCGAAGGAGGUGCUAGCGCCGCAAGCGUCUUCAGGAUCAACGGCACCCGUUCCGUCGGGAGAGCAGGUAAAGGAGAAGACGGAGGCGCGCGCGAAGGGAGAGUGAGGGUUCCGGGUAUUCUGGGCUCCCAUGUACGACGUUGUGUGUACACCUUAUCGAACUUGCAUAUCUC